AUGUCCCGUUUCGCAAAUCGUCGAUGGACGCUAGGCCUCAUCUUCCUCGGGAUCGUGGUGGUUCUAUGGGUGCUGUCAUCGUUCCUGAUAAAUCUGAUUUUCGAGGACGGAUCGUACCGAAAACCGUUCCUGCUCACGUACAUUAACACGGCUUCGUUCGUGUUUUACCUGGUCCCUACAUUCAAGGCGGUAUGUGCCAACUACUGGAACACGGGAAGCUUCCACAUCCAUCGCGAGCUCGUGAUCGAGGAAGAGGGCCGGACACUCUCUGACAUUGAGGCCCAGCUGGCACUCCGAUCUGAGCGUGGCAGUGGUCUUGAAAAUGGCUUCAACACCGGCCCAGAUCUCACUACCUCUUCGUCGCCUUUAGUACCCAAGGACAGCAACGACCUUCCGAACGACGCUCUCACUGGCGCAAAACUGUCAUUGCCUGCUACCAUUCAACUUAGUGCACAAUUCUGCAUUCUAUGGUUUGUGGCCAACCUGGUUACUAAUGCUUCGCUUUCAUAUACUUCAGUGGCCUCGCAGACCAUUCUCUCAUCCACAUCAUCGUUUUUCACCUUGCUCAUCGGAUCUUUGUUUCACGUCGAAAAAGUCAAUCGCACCAAACUAUUGGGCUCACUGGUCUCCUUUGUUGGGAUAGUGCUUGUUACUAAAUCCGACGCGGACAACUCUGCCAAUGCCAGCCAAAUUCAUUCCGCGGUACCUUAUAAGUUUCACAACGGAAUUUCCUCCAGCAAUACUGAAGCUUUCAUCAUCUUUUGUGGCAAUUUACUGGCGUUAGCAGGUGCUCUGUUCUACGGAUUAUACUGUACGCUUCUGAAAUGGAGAAUCAAGGAUGAGAACAAGGUAAACAUGAAGAUUUUUUUCGGUUUCGUGGGUUUGUUCACACUCGUGUUACUAUGGCCAACAGUUAUAUUUUUGCAUAUCAUGGGUUGGGAAACUUUUGAACUACCCAGCACUCCUCGAAUUCUUAUCAUCGUGAUCUUCAACUGCAUCAUCACCUUUAUUAGUGAUUUUUGUUGGGCAAAGGCCAUGCUACUCACAUCUCCGUUGACUGUAACGGUAGGUCUGAGCACUACAAUUCCGUUCGCCAUGCUAGGCGAUUUUCUUUUUAAAGAUAGACCAAUGUCAUUCAUAUAUCUGUCAGGGGCAGUGCUGAUAUGUGGCAGUUUCUUCAUUGUUAACAAACAGUCCGAAGGCGAAUUCCAUGAAGAAGAAAUUUCAGCUAAUGAUUGA